CUGACACUUGAAGAACAAUGCACACGAGUUUUUUUUUUAAUCUUGGUAACAACGCUAUGACUAGAAUUGUAUUUUGGAACUGUCCACAAGGAUGUAUCAGUUGUUCUUAGUCACUCAGGCGUGCUUGAUUUUGUUAGUUUCAGCUCAGACGUGGUAUCAUGGAUGUUAUGAAAAGGAUGGAAUUGCCACUGAAGAUACACGCAGCACAAACAAAUCAUCUGUGGUAGAAUGUUCACGGUAUUGUAAAACACUUAGUUUUACAUUUGCUGUUGUACAGAGGGGAAGUGACUGUGGUUGCCGUAAUGACACAGGAGGCUGGAAAGUGGUCAAUGCUGACUUGUGUUAUGAAAGGUGUUCGAGGUCUACAGAUCUGCUUCCAUGUGGUGGGGCCCGGCGGUACUAUAGUUUCUACCGAUCAGGUGGACCAUAUGUUAAUAAGUGUUCAGCAAAUGUGGAUGCUGAGUGGGUGGUGACCAGUCGGCCAGUUGUUCUCAGUGCCCAGCUCGAGGUGGCUCACUUCAUCAAUGUUACUCAUGAGUUGGCUAAUGCAUCAUGGAUGAAUUUGUAUGAAUUUGUUUGGACGAUUGGUAACCAGACUUUCCAGAAUGUUACAUCUGCGGAAGGAAGGAUUCAGUCGAGAUUUUCUCAUACGUUUGAAAGGCCGGGAGAUUAUCAUAUUGAUGUAACCUGCAAGAACAAUAUCUCCACCCUGUCCACCCAGCUGACAGUGUCUGUGAUCUUGCCAGCACCUCGACAUCUUCAGAUAAUCCUGCUAGAUGAUAAGGAAAAUCUUCCGUCCUGCAUCCCUGCACCGUACAGCAACUGGCAGGAAGGCGCCGUCAUCUCGGUCUUUGUCAACUCAUCAGUGUCUCUUGAAGUGUCCGUGGCUGUGGGAACCAACCUGACGUUUGUGCUGCGUUACAGAGGCUCGGCUACAAAUGCGUUUGAGUACAGGUCCUCCGACGGAAGUCUGCAUUGUGCAGGGUCUGAUUGCAGAGGUGUAAUCCAGGAUUAUGUCUUCUCGACUACUGGCGUGCACACAGUGACCGCUACGGUGUUCAACAGCUAUGGCAGUGUGGAGAAGAACCUCACAGUGGUUGCUAUGGAAAAGAAUCUUGGAGAUGUUUCUUUUUCACUUGCUGAAGACUUCCCUGGUGGUGCAGUCAAAGUUAACAAACCAAUCAGAUUUCUUGUCACUGUGGAAACAACAUUCAGACAAAACACUCAGCUUAUCGUGGACUUUGGCGUUGGUGAGACAAAGCAGGUUUCUUUGCAGGAAGCCCGGAACAGAACGGAGAAUUCUACAACUGAAGACGUGGAUGAUGUCUUGGAGGAAGAACUGGAUGGCCUGGUGUUGGUGGCCAGCUAUGGCGAUGGCUGUAACCUGAGCAUUGAGUUCCAGUAUGUAUACGAGGUGGAGGGCGCCUUCAAUCCUGACAUCCUCAUCUUCAACAACUACAGCUUUGUCCCCAUGUUCUUCAAGAAGCCCAUCAUUGUUCAGAAUGAACUCACCGUCCCCAAGCUCCAGAUGGAUGAAACUGUACUAGUGAACACUUCUACAGAAUUGCAGCUCCAUUUCUUGACAUCGUCCGUCAAUCUGAGUGUGAUGUGGAUGAUAUACGACCAGGAGCACAAGCUUCUUGAUAACAUAACCACCACUUCUUCCCACUUGACCUACGUUUUUCACCAAUAUGGCAGGUACAUGGUUUCAGUGACAGCAAGAAAUUUAAUAAAUUCUGUGUCAACCCUUGGUUCCGUUAUUGCACAGCAUCCCAUUGACCAUCUCUCUGCCUUCUGCUCUCCUCAUCAGUAUGUCAGACUUGGGCAGACGGUAAGCUGUGUGGCAGAAGUCACCAAAGGGGAUGAUGUCAUCUUCGAGUGGAACUUCAAGGACAGUGGACGGAUUGCAAAAGUAAUCACCAAUCAUUCAUCAGUGGCAAAUUACCUGUACCAACGUCCAGGAAGGUAUAGUGUUGGUGUCCUGGCUUUCAAUUCCAUCAGUCGCAAAACCAUGACACUGCACCCAAUCACAGUGGAAGAACCUUUAAACAAAGUGGAUUUUUUCACUUCUGGGCCAUCUUUGGUAGGAGUCCCAGUGUAUCUGAUUGCUAAAAUCAACUGCUGGUGUACCUUUGUUGAAUUUGAAUUUAACUUGGGUGAUGGUCGGCGUUCCUAUAAAGAUGUUAAGAAAACCGAUGGUAACUUGUAUUUCCUGAGCCAUGCCUUCAAGCAUCCAGGCAUCUACAAAGUGACGGUGUAUGCUUCUAACCAUGUGUCUGAGGUGAAUGAAACCAUCACAGUGCUCAUUCAGUCUGGCCUGGAAGAUGUGGAAUUUGAUGUCCUGAAUAAGCCUCUCAUCCAAGGAUUUACAGCAUUGCUAGUGGCACAAACAGCAGGUCAGGUUCCGACACAAGGAGAUCUGAUGUUUGAAUGGGUCUUCCCAGACAACACGUCUGUGUUGACUCGGUCGCCUGUCGUUGAAAAGACCUUUAAUGAAGCUGGCAAUCAUACAGUGGAACUCAGAGUCAGAAAUGAAGUUUCUUCUGCUGCCAAGCAACAGGAGAUCCUGGUUGAAGAAGGGCUGCCCACUGGGGUCAGAUUCGUCCAUCCUGCCACUGUGAAGACCUUUGAGGAGAUUGCCUUCACUCUGACAGGAGUGGAUGUGGUGGAACACAUUGCCAUUAACAUCAGUGAUGGAAGGUUUGAGGAGUACUUCAAUACUUCAAGCUGGAGGCAUGUAUUUUCACUUCCAUGUGUCUACAAGUUGGGCGUUUCCAUAUUUGGAGAGCAUGCAAGAGAAUCAUAUACUCUACAGUCGUAUGUUACAGCAGAGGAACCAAUCAAAAGUCUUCAUUUGGAAGGACCAUCAGCAGUUGAAAUCCAAAGACACGUUAACUCUCACAUCUGGACAGCAGUUGCUGAUGGCGGGUCACACCUUGUGUAUUACUGGUCAUUCAACAAUGGAACCACUAAAAACACCACACAGGCUCAGCAUAGUUUCCACACCUUUGAUGAACCUGGAAUUUUGGAAAUUACUGUACGUGCAGAGAACGACAUCAGCUUUGCGGAAGCCUCCAUGAUUGCUGUUAUUCAGUAUCCUAUAACUGAUGUGAAGCUGAAUGUUCCUGUAACAAUCCAUGGUUCUAUGACCAACAUCACACUUACAAUACACGGUGGACGAGAGUUUGUCGUAUUAUGUCGCUUUGGCGACGGAAAUAUAACCGUGCUGUCAUCGGAGUCACCCGACUUGGUGGUCAGGACAGUGAAAGAAGGUGCUGGACGCAAGAACUACCCUGUGUACCGAGUGUCUGUCCUACACUUGUACCACAGUAUAGGGGAGUACGAAGUAGACGUGAACGUAUCAAACACGGUUUCCAGCGUCCACAAGGAGGCGAUGGCGCUGGUUGGCGAACCAAUUAGAAAUGUUGAACUGUUCUCAGACUCGCCAUCGGUGGUGCCCCUCAUGACUCCGGUGGUGGUAACAGCCAGUGUGUCAUCAGGAAGAGAUGUCUUGUUCAGAUGGGAAUUGUCUGGAGAUGGUUCGGCCAGCACACAGAAACCGGACGUCUCAAGUGACAGUAACUCGAGUAUUGUGACAUACAUGUUCAAUGUUCCGAGUGAGUACCAGGUGAGUGUCCACAUCUCCAAUCCUGUGUACCAGGAGCCUCUGGUUAAAGCUCUGCCGUUCAAGUUUUUAGCCGUCGAGGAAAUCAACAACGUCAUGUUCAGUCACCAGACCUCGGGAGCACCAUUGCUGGGUGUGGCACCUCACCAGGCAACCAAUGAAAUUGUAUUUGUAGCAAAGGUCAUUGAAGGCUCUCAUGCAAGUUUUCUCUUUGACUUUGGAGAUGGCGCCACACAGAUGGUUAAUGGUUCCCUCGACAUGUUUCAUCAUAUUGUAGCUCACGGAAGACAUAUCUACACUGAAGUCGGAGUUUAUGACGUUCAAAUGACUGCUGUGAACCCACUAGGUAACUUGACUGUUGCCUUGGCAACUUCGUUUUAUGUGCAAGUACCCCCUAUUGGCAACAAUGAACUACUUGACUCCAGGGAGUAUUGUACUAAGUCUGGUGAAGUGAAAUCUUUCCAUGCACAAGUUAAACAAGGCACCAACGUCACCUACAGCUGGCUGCUGGGGGAUGAAACAGAACUCAUUCAUGCAGGAGCCAGCAUAAAGCACCAGUACCGGACUGCCGCUGAGAGGAGGAUCCAGGUAAUCGCCAGCAAUCAAGUGGGGGAGGUAUCUGACAGCGCAGUGGUGCACGUUGUUGAUGAAAUACAAGGGGUCAACCUGACCGUACCCAAACUGAUACUGGCGACAGGAGAAAACGCUGUGUACACUGCAAUUCCUUUCCCAAACGUACCUGGCAUCGUGAAGUACUAUACGUGGUUUUUCGGAUCAAACCCUUAUCAGAAGAAAAAUUCAAACCCGUACCAGAAUGAAAAUUCAAUUGCUUACAGAUUUUCAAAAUCAGGAAGUUACACCGUUUCAGUAUCGGCCCAUAAUUGUCAUGGCCGAGCUGUAUCGGACCCCGUUGACCUGCAGAUAGUGAGUCGGAUUCGAAAACUGAGUCUCACUAGUGUCGGUGAUAGCCUGGUCAUGAAGAGAAUCAACUUCACAGCCGCCACGUGGGAAGGCGAUCACCUCAACUUCACGUGGAACUUCGGAGAUGGGACACCCAGCUAUACUGUUACUAACAGCACAGUCUGGCACAUCUUCCAGAAGGUUGGAGUGUAUGUAGUGAAUGUCACAGCUGCCAAUCCAGUGAGUUCCGAGUCCGUCAGUCUCAAGUUGUUUGUUCUACAGCAGAUUUGCAAGCCGCCUAAAAUAUCCAUUGUGCAGCCUCAGGGGAAAAGCUAUCCAAGUUUUAAUUUUCUGCAAUCUGAAAUGGUUCACAUUGAGUCGAGAGUUGUUGUGAAUUGUACGGUUACCUCCCAGGUGAUCUACUUCUGGACAUUCCGCAGUGCCGACACUGGCCGGGUGGUCGUUCCGACAGUGAAGGACACCGAGACAUUGUACCACCAAGUCCUCAUUCUUCCAGCCGUAGCCUUGCCACUCGGCAAGUACAAGGCCAAAUUGAUGGUUCAGAUGAAGAACACUUUACCGUUGGUGUAUUCCGAGGAGGAGGCCGAUGUGAGGAUCUUUUCCUCUCCGCUGAAGAGCAUCAUUAAGGGCGGUGUGUUGAGGAGAGUCAGUCGAAGUGGAAUCUUGCUGCUAGAUGGGUCAGAGUCCUCCGACCCAGAUCAUCCACACAGUUCAAAUAUUACAUUCCAAUGGAACUGCACCACACUGAAGUCUCCCAACGACACGUGCUUCAACCGUUCUGAAUCUGGUCAUGUUGUGAUGAACACAUCGACGCUGGUGUUCCCAGGCAUGUGGUUGAGGAGUGAUGAACAGGAGUUCCUUUUUAACUUGACGGUGUCCACGCCUGAUGGGAAACAGUCCGGCACCGACCAGGUGGUUCACGUCGUUCCAGAUCAUAAUGUUAUUAGUCUGAGCAUUCACUGUCACCAGUGUGAAGGACGAUGGGUGAACGCCAACCACCAGGUGUCUCUGCAGACUAAGUGCGUCGGCUGUCCUCCUGGCAGGACCAAGUACCGCUGGCAGAUCAACAUGGUGGCCGAUGAACACAGUGACUGGACCUAUGAUAAUGAGAUGACCUUUGACAUAUGUGUGUCAAGAAAUGAACAGCUCAUUGCCUUGGCAUCCAAUGGUGCAAAUGUCAAGACACCCACGACUCGUAGUACUAGAAAACCAACAACAGAAACGACAACUCCAACUCGAGCAACUGUGAAGCCAACGACACCUGAUUCAGUACCAUUACUAUUGCCAGAACUGGACGACUUUGGAGAGGGAACCAUUAUUAGAGAAGGGUCCCUCUCUCCAGAAGAAUUUCAGACUGUGCAAGAAGGUACAGAAUCUGAGAAUACCAUUCUACAAUCUGUGAAUCCCAACCAUGACAUAAUUUCCAUGUUAGGAGAAGGGAAACCGGGCGAUGUUGGGAGCUCCCGAGGCAGAAAACUGAGUGGAAGGCUUGAUCCGUUGCGAAGAGGCAGCAACACUUUUGGAGGACGAGACAACACUAUUUCGUCUGACCAGUUCCUGGGGUUUGGAGACAUUCCUCAACCCAACGAGGGGUCUCCUGGAGUGAGUGGCAGCUCCCAUGGACGGAAACUUGGGCCUGGUGGCAGCAUUGACAAUCCACAUGAAGUCCCUGGGUCGGGCAGGAAAGUGGAUUUGAACCAUGUCCCUAAUCAAAGUGAGGAGACGGACGGACCUGACCCUGAUGACUACCACAUCAAGAAGCUGCUACGCCCCUCAGUGCAGCACCUGGUGAGCAAGGACCGCUACCCGAUCUCUCUCCGCCCAAACCAAACACGCACCGGCCUAGACAAACAGUCGCUGGUGAUUAAACCCGGGGUUCUACACCAGGGCAGGACCUACAUCAUUCAGGUCCAGGUGGAAUCUACAGGACCUAAUCCAGUGCAGGGUUUGGCGAUGACCUACUUCAAAGUUAACGAGAGUCCUCGGAAAGGUGCGUGUGACAUCCGACCUCAGAUUGGUAUUGAGAUGGAAACGACCUUUACAGUCUUCUGUAGAGCCUGGCAGGAUGAGCAUGUACCUCUGAUGUUUGAAGUAAGUUACAUUGUGAAUGAAGGAGAUCGACACAACCUGGUGUAUCGUGGUCUCAGUCAGGAGAUCCAGUUCCAGCUACCAGCAGGCAAUGUCAGUAACGAGCAUAAAGUGCUGGUCUCCAUUUCAAUACUGGAUAACCUGGGCGCAAGGACUUCUGUGUGUCUCAUACCCCUCGUUGUGCUGCCUAAGCCACUGAACGGAAGCCGCAGUGCCGAGGUCCAGUUACAUAAUGAGACAACUGUGUUUGCGAACUCGAGUGGAUUACUGGCCCAGUCCGUGCACCACGGCAAUGACCAGACAUCGUGCGUUCUCAUCAGCUAUCUCGCGUCCCGACUGAACCGCUUUCCGAAACGGUCCGCCUCACCGGUCGACUGGAAACUCCGACUUGACAUCAGGAAGAUUCUUCUUGAGCUGCUUUCUUUACUGCCCAGGAGAGAUGAGGCUGAAGUCAUACAGACCGCCCAGUCUUUGGUGUCAACCACGGCUGUUGCACAAGAGCUAAGUGGACCAGCAUUGGGAAUAGCCUUAGACAUCCUCGAAUCAAUGCAGAUGAAAGCGGUGGAUCUAUACGUGAAGAAUGGCAGUCCCAGCGAGGACCUGCUCAGCCUGGCUAUUCAAGCCAUCUCCAGCAUUAUGGAGGCCGCCACCGGUCCGGCCAUGUCGCGCAGGCCGCUGCCCAGAACGCUCACAGCCCACGUGAUAACCGUUCUCAAUAGUCUGCUCAAAUUACAACUCCAGUUCCACUCAAUGGGAGAAGAGCCCAUCCACAAAGCAUCGGACUUUGUCUCUGUCCUCGCAUCUCACUAUACAUCACACUCACUGGAGCCAAUCACAAUAGAUGGGGCUACAUUCAAGCUGCCUACAAACAUUGUGGCAGUAACCAGCGCUAUUGGAAACAUGUCUAGAAGUUCCGAAUCUUCAUCGCAAGAAGAGGAGUGCUUUCAAGCUCACAUGACAUCUUUCAAAAGAAACCCAUUUUCCAGGAAAUCACAAAUUAAGUCUGAGGUGGUUGUGUUGACCAUGUACACGUGUGAAGGGAGGAGCGUGGUUGUAGCGAACCUAAAACCAGAGGACAUGGUACAGAUACAGAUCCCAGUGUCGGAGGGGAAGGAAGAUCACUUUCUGAACACGACACUACACAAGAGUAUGAUGAACACCCACCAGUUUAACAUCACGUCAGAGAACAUCCGACAGUCACUCCACAUUGCCAUAGAGCUUGACCCGGUGCCGUCAGGACGCAUGUUCCCCAUCUGUCUACUUAUCAGUUUAAAUUCCCAGCCGACACCACAGAAUUACAACUUGAAAUACAACUUUGAGCCAGGUGCAGAUCAGCUGAAGUUGUUCAUGCCUGCAGGAACAUUCAACGUAACAGGAAUGUAUUACAUGGGAAUUGUUGACUGCACUUACAAUGCUGGGAGACUUCGUAAAGGGCAGAUAACUGCCCGCAACUACACACUGAAGCUGUGGUUUGGAGACUGCAUGUUCUGGAAUGAGAAGUUACGUAUAUGGAGCUCUGCAGGCUGUCAGACGACUGACCAUUCUACAACAUCUUCUAUACACUGCAGAUGCAAUCAUCUUGCUGCAUUUGGUGGACAGUUCAAGCGAAUUAUAAAUGAUUUGAGCUUUACUGAUGUGGAUAUGUUUUUUGCUUUGAACCAAAACCCAGUGACUAUCAUUCUGGUGGGGUCGGUGUUUGUGAUUUACUUUUUCCUGCUCUAUCUGUGUCGACAAGCUGAUGAGCACGAUGCUAAGAAGGGGGGAGUACUGCACCUCGCCGAUAACCAUGGCAACGACAGGCAGAGAUACGAAGUUAUUGUAGAAACUGGUCUUAGACAUGGAGCUGGCACCACAGCAAAAAUCAGCAUCAUACUGCACGGAGAGGAAGGGAUGUCUGAAACGAGAGAGCUGGUCAGCGACGAUGACCGACCUCUCUUUGAGAGGAACUCCAGGGAUAAAUUUAUCAUUACAGUACCGGACAGUCUUGGUAAGAUCUGGAAGGUGCAGCUGUGGCACAACAACUCGGGCCCAUCCCCCAGCUGGUACCUGAGUCACGUCCUUGUGCGGGACCUGGCCACGGGGCAGGUCUUCUACUUCAUCUGUGAGAAGUGGUUUGCGGUCGAGGAGGAUGAUGGGAAGGUGGAGCGGGAAAUAAUGGCUUUGGAAGGAAAUCUUGGAUUUUCUCAGGUGUUCUGGGUUAAAGGUAUCCAGUACAUGGCCGACUACCACCUGUGGAUGUCGGUCGUGGCGUGUCCAUCCUACAGUCGGUUUACCCGCGCCCAGCGUCUCACCUGCAUCCUCACGCUACUCAUGUCAUACAUGUGUCUCAACGCCAUGUGGUACCAGGCAAACGAAACAGAGUACCGUGGUGAGUUUGGCCUGCUGGAUUUGUCGUGGCAGAACAUAGGUGUUGGAGGAAUCUGCUGUGCUGUUCUUAUUCCUCUGAAUCUCUUCCUUGUCUUUCUCUUCAGACGUAGCAAGAUUCGUUACCCUGGUUCAACACCUGAUAAGGUUUAUCCGAGUGGAAAGGAAGCAAACAGCGAGCACUCAUCAGACGUGCACGAAGAGGCGGUGCAGCCCAUCAUGACCUACUCGCUGCUCGAUCAGUCGAUUGUCAACUGGCAGAACAUCCAGGACUGGGCCCAGAAACAGUGGAUCAAGAGGCAGCACAGCGUCCGGUCGAGUAACAGCAGCAUCAAGAACAGCCAGCACACCCCAGACAGCCCCACCACGCCCCCAGCCAACCCAGUCAUGCAGACACUCAGAAAGGAGGAAGAGACAGAUGUAGCGUCCAGUGGAUUUGAGGAUUCUCAGAGUCAGGCAGCGUCACAGGCGGCCGCGGAACGAAGUCGUGUCCGACCCACGCCCACGCCACGCCCAACACCCACCCCUCGACUGACACCAGCCACAGCUAGCCCUUGUAGCAACCGUCAGCAGAGACCACUGCUACAUGUUGCAGAACCCAGAGUCCGAGACCGUGGGAGACUGUUUCUUCCGUUUUGGUGUCGCUACAUCGCCUGGUUCCUGUGUGUCACCAUCACUGUCGGGUGUGCUGGAGUGACCAUCUUCUAUGGGUUUAGAUUUGGCCGAGCCAAAAGUUUAAUGUGGUUGAAAUCUCUGUACUUCAGUUUCAUGAUCUGUCUUUUCAUUGCACAUCCUCUUAUGAUUUUCUUGACCAUCAUCUACACUGCACUACGAUUCCGAAAUGAUCCCAGUAUUCUGGAUCAUCAUGAAGAUGGCUUUUACGGAAGAAAAGCUGAACCAAAGUGGAAGAAGAAGAAAGAUGCAGAAUGCUCUGAAGAAUGCACCGAUUUGGAGAGGGGUGUUGCUGCCAGACAGAGAUCUCGAUACCUCCGGUUUGCAAGACCUCCUCAAGAAAAACAGCUCAUUGAAGCCAGAAAGAAAACACUCAAAGAAAAGGCAGCAUUCUCACUGUUUUGGGAUAGCGUGUCUGUGGGAGUCGUUUUGAUACUGCUUUGUUUCAUGGGGUAUGGGAAGGACACAUCUGCUCCAUUCUACCUCAAUGAAGCUCUCAAGAACACUUUCGUUAGAAGUGGUCCUCAUCCAUUUGAAGGUCUGCUCACCACGGAUGACUGGUACCAAUGGAGUCAGACAUCUCUACUGGAUGGCAUCUAUGGCCAGCACUACAACAAACAGUCACAUCCAGUCCACACUCAGGUUUCUAUCGACCAAGGAAGGAAUCACCUGAUUGGUCAUGUACAUCUUCGACAGCUGCGUGUCCAGGAAACGCCUUGUUUCCACCCACCAACAAUCUACAAGUACACAUCACCCACCAAGACCUGUCGCUAUGACUACAGUGCAGGCCAAAAGACCAGCCUGCCAUUUGGAGUGAACUCCUCCUGGGAACACGAAGCUGUUGAAGGGUCAGUGAUAUGGGGACGCCACAGUAUCUACGACAGCUCAGGAUACACUGUGCAGCUGAACAACAGCAGGAGUUUAUCGCUGGCCCAGCUGAAGGAUCUUGAAAUGAGAAAGUGGAUAGACUUGCAGACAAGAGCGAUCAUUGUGGAGUUUACUGUUCUCAAUGUACCAACAAACCUAUUUAGUUCAGUAACUCUGCUGUUGGAGAUGCCAGCAACUGGUAGUGUGUUUCCCUCGGCACACAUUUCCUCCACUCGGAUAUUUUCAUACAUCUCCGGAUGGGACAACAUUGUUUUGGGAUGUGAGCUGAUGUUUGUGAUUCUGACAUUGUUAAAGCUGAUGAAAGAAUUAUGUGAGAUGACUGAAGUUAAGAAACAAUACUUUCAGAAUUACUGGAAAUACAUUGAGAUUGUGAUGUGUUUUAUCUCGUUGGUUUUCAUCGGCUGCUACGUGUACAGAUUUGUUCUGGUCGCUGAUAUUGUAGAGAACCUGCGAGACAGCUUCUAUGAAGAGUUCAUCAACAUUUCAUUCCUCACACUGUGGGAUGAGAUUCUCCGUGGGUUCGUGGGCGUGUUGUUGUUCAUGGCGAUGGUCAGCUCGCUGUGUCUGCUUCGCUUCAUCAAACUGUUUGCCAGGUUCGGCAAGGUGUACAAGAGAUCCAGAAGAGAGCUACUCAUGUUUUCGGGUCUGUUUGUGGUGAUCUUGUUUGCGUUUUCUGGCUUUGGCUUUACGAUGUACGGGACGGUGUGUAACAGCUUCAGGAACCUGUGGGUCAGUCUGUUCUCGCUGUCGGCACUGAUGACGCGCGUCUACAGCUACGAGGAGCUGGCCGACCAGCAGCUGGUGUGGCCUCAGAUCUUCCUGCUCAGCUACACCGUCUUCGGCGUCGGAUUGCUCACCACUUACAUGGUUGCUGUUUUGACCCGACGAUUAAAAACCCACAAACAGGGAGAUAUUUUAGUAAUGCGUGGUUGCCAGAUGGUCCGGUUUCUGUGGAAAGAGUUCCUUCAUUGGUCAGGCAUCCAGCAGCAAGAAUUUCCACAAGAACCAGAAAAUGUUUUGCCAGCUGAGUUCACGAUGGCGGAGAUAGAGUACCAGGUGGACGAGCUGCUCUUCAGGAUGAACGCUCUGUCUGGGACGAGUGGGCUGCCCGAGAAACCCCACGGUUACCUCACCGACUCCGACACCACGCACGGCGACCACGGUGGCGAUGAUGGAAUAUCUAGCGGGGGGUCCGAGGACAAUGGUGCCAUGGUGGAUCCCGACCGUCUGGAACAGAGAGUUCACAAGAUUGAGGACAAGCUGUGUGCCAAUGAACCGUACCUGGCUCAGCUCCUCAAGCUCGACAGUAUUGGGGCAGAUGUUCUUGCACAGGAGAAGGAAAAACAGCUACGGUCCCACUUGGAGCUGGAGUUAUUUCGACAGCUGCAGAUGCAUCGACAGGAGUCGUCUGGCCAGACUAAGCCGGGUCAGAAUUGUGCUGUGAAGAUGGCCGUCAGCAGUAACGAGUGCUCCCCGUCGUCUGGGUCCAGCAGCAGUCGACAGAACAGACACCUCGACUUCAGGCUGCCCGCUACUGGCAAUGAACCAGGAUCAGUAUCUUCACCAAAACGAAAGUCUUCACAGGAUGAACAUUCCUCUGAAUAUUUCCCAGCCUUGACCUUAGAACACCAACUGAUGAUGGCUAAUACAGAAUUUGUUUUUCCUGACAUUUGUUUGGAUUCUGUAAAAAGUGAUAAAAAGAAAGCAACUCCACAAGAAGGCAGGACCAUUAGUGGUGAGAGGGCAUACCCACCUUUGCCUCCUAAACCUACAGGACAUAAUAUUAAGAUCUUUGGAAAAGUUCCUAAUCCGGUGCAACCAAAACCGUCAUCUUCCUCUGAAAAUGCCAGUGGACAGAGUUCAGAAAACGAGAAGAUGCAAGCAAAAGCGGACUCAAGUUCAUCAUCUGAUCACAAAUCUGCAGCAAAGUCUUACAACAAAGCAGAAAUUCCCCACAAACCAACAAAAUCGAUCCAUGGCGGGUUGCGGGAGAUCCCAGCCAUAGAUGUUGCGAAGGCGCUGAGUGGAGUGAGCCCGAGACUGAAGCCGUUCAAGCUGUCUGGGGACCGUGUGCUGCACAAGGCUGAGUUUGGAGCAAGCCUCACCGCAGAGUCUAGCUCGGGCUCGGAGCAGGACGCUGUGCAUGGUGGGAGGCGGCCACCAGGCAAACGUAACUUGCGCAAGACUCGGUCCCGGGGGAAAGGGAAAGGGCCUGGGGGUCUGUCUCCCGCUCUGAUGCUGGAGGACCUGACUCUGGAGGAUCCGUGUGAUACCGACAGUGAGCUGCUGGCUGAGACCACCAUUGAGGAGGUGAGUACCCCAGAGCAGGAGAUGUGAAGUCUAAAGUAUUGAGGACUCAAACGGCCGACUUGUUGGCCCAUGGGAACUGUUAUCUGUUGAUCACUCUGACUGCUGUCUUUCCUUGCCCAUGGGAAUGAUCUGUUGAUGAUUCCGACUGCUGACUUUCAUGCCCAUGUGAAAUACAAAACAUGUAUUUGUUGAUGAUUUAAACCACUGACUUGUUUGCCCAUGUGAAUUAGUUGUUGAUGAUUUAAACCACUGACUUGUUUGCCCAUGUGAAUUAGUUGUUGAUUCAAACCACUGACAUGGUUAACCAUGUGAAUUAUUUGUUGAUGAUUCAAAUUUCUUUGUUGAUCAUCGAAAUCAGUCUUCCUUACUGUUGUGAAUUGUACUGGUAAUUAAAACCACAAACUUGUUUACAGAUGUAAAUUAUUAUUUGGUUCAUUUUGAUUGUGUUUUUGGGUUUUUUAUCUAAUUAAAUGUGUAUGAAAGUGAUGAUUCAGAGAAUGUGAACAUUUAUUUAAACAUCCAUAAUAAAUAUAGCUGACCUAAUUAAUUUAAUGAUUUAAAAAAAAAACUAAUUUUAAAAUCUAUAAGUAUAUAUGGAGUGGUAUAGCAAAACAAUUGCAAUUGUACCUUUAGGAAUGGGUAUUUAAAAGUAAUGCAUUUUGAGUAUGUAAACAAAGUAAUAAAAGAAUAUGCUAGCUGUUGUGUGUAUGGAUAUUUGUGUAUCAUGUUUAAAAAAUAUAUUUAUAGACUGUGAAAGCCAUCUAAAAGCAAGUAAAUGGUCCAGUUAUAGAGCUAUUUUGGGUACCGAGGUUUUUAAUUCCUUCCUAUGUAAUUCUGUUCUGUACUGAUCUUAAAAACUGAUUAAACUGUCAAAAACAACACUAAUCAAAUGUCGAUAAAAUGGUUCAUUUCCACACUGAUUUUUGCAGUGUAUUCUGAUGUUUUCAAAACUGCCAACUGAACUUGUAUUAAUUGUUAUUUCAUAAUUUGUCAACAUAAGCUACCUGUCACAAUGAUUGCAUGUAACUCGGACAGCUAACUUGAACAUGCACACAUUGCAUUAGCUGUCAGCAUGUCUAACACCAUGCAUGUGGAGCCAUUACAUCUAGUGGCACCAUUAGGAUUGAUAUCAUUCUGAUGGUCCACUUUUCGGGAAUACAAUUUACAUUAAAUAAACUCAUUGGAAUGUGACCAUUCCUCUGAUGUUCAGUUUUUAGUUUUAGUUUUUAAUAUUAAAAUAUGGACAAAUCACAGGACCAUGAAAAGUAUCUGAUUUUGAGAUGUCCGGUUUACUGGAGAUCUAUAGUCCGUCCCACAUGGAAUGCCUUUUUUCAUGCUAUGGAAUUUACUACAAGAUAUUUAUGUCUGAGCUGCUUGAUUUGUAAAUUGCACACAAAAAUAGUGUAUUUAUCAUUUCAAAAACACUUGAUUUUCAUCUUACGUCAAACAAAACUGAAAUUAUUUACAAAAAACAUGUUUAUAGAAUGAUGGGACGGACUGUUGUUUUGAGGGGUUUCACUGUAUUAUGUAAAACAGAGCUUAAUGUUUACAGCUUAAUGUUUACAUUAACAAUUAAAAUAUGCUCAAGGUAUUACAGUUUAUAAAUAUGUUUUUUCUAAUGUCAAUAUAUGCAUGUACUGUAACUACAUGUAUUUUGGUAACAAAAUGUUAUGUACAGCCUAUAGUGUGGUAUAAUCUCUUCUGUUUUUUUGAGCCAGAAUAUUGUUGUGGCCAAAAAUGUGACAAUGGAAUAGUCACUUGUGGAUUUUGGUGUUUGUGUUAUACUGCAACUAUUAAUGAUGGAAUACUGGAAUAUUUAUUUUAUUACUCUGGAAAAUCACAAAUUUCGGAACAGCGUAUAUUUCAACCCCUGGUUGGAUAAUAACUUUUUGGCCUGCUUAAAGAUAUCCAUUAAAAAAUGAAGGUACAAGUCUAUCAAAACUGAUACUCAGCUAUCAGUCCUGGUACUGGGUUUUUAGUACUUACAAUGUUACAUUGAAAAAUGGAUGCUCAGAAAUACAAAAUAAAUAAAUUUUUGCUUGUAGUAUAAGAGAAAAAUUAUUUUCAAACUCAAUCAUAUUCGAUUUUAAACAAUUCGAUCAUUAUUCAGUUAAUGUGGUGGACUGAUUCUGUCAUUGUUGCUAUAUUUUUUAUAUACAUGUGGUACAGUUAAUGUGUCUUUCAACUUAUUUACAGUAUUAUGGAUAAUUGUUUAGCUGCAUAUUAGCUUGUGAUGGUGCUAACAACUAGAAAUUAAUUUUCACUUGUUUUUAUAUAUUGUAUACAUUACAUGUGUAUAUUUUUUACAUAUCUUAAUAGAUUAAUAUUGACUUGCAAUAUUUUUUGUUGCAUUAAUUUUUAUGACAUUAAAAUUGUAAAAUAUU